AUCGUAAUAUUAUACGCAGUACGUUCGUUCCGUGUGUUUAUAAAUUGGAUCGGGGAGACAGAAAUCCCUUCAUUUGUUAUUGCACAACCCGUCGGCGAAAGCGUCAUCCCGAUCGCAUCACACCCACUGGCACACUCUGUUUUCAGAAAUAAGAUACCGUUCGGGUCAUCAAUGAUUUCUUAAUAAGUCGUUGAUGAGUUGCCGUAAAAAAUCCCCUUCUAGACCUAGAGUUGAUCGAAAUAAAUAAGGAAAGAAUAAUAAAAGAGGAGGAAGAGGAAUUGGAAGAAAAGAGCGGUCGCAACGGAGCGCAAUAGUCUUUCCAUCCGAGUAUCGAUCGAGCUGCGGCUCGGAUCAUUUACUCUGAUUCGGUAAGCUCCGUGCAUACGCAGAGAUUGCAUUCGCGACUUUUAUAUUUACCGAGUAUGCUUGAAAAAAUUCAUCAUCGACGUUACAAGAACAACGGCGACCUGGAUAAAUAAAAGUAACAGAGAAUAAAAAAUUCAAUAUAAACUACGAGUGACGUGAUUUAAACAAAUACCAAUUUACGACGUGUCACGUCAUUAUUCCAGUGAAUAUUGUGUGAAAUUAUCUGGUAUAGUCAAGCGUAAGGAAACCGAUCGAAUGUAAAUUGGGAUCCUUCAUGUUCUCCAGUUUUUAUCAGAGAACAAAGUGUUCGACAGACUAGACAAGAAUAAAUCUAAAGUGUAAAGCCGCCGUUAGAGAGUGAAGUCCAAGAUGCAGUUGAUCAAACAGGUUUCGGAAAAUUUCACUACAAACUCUUCGUCAUCUGUUCAAUGGUGUUCAUGAACACCGGACUCGGAGCCAGCAGCUCGGGUUUGAUCGUACCUGCGGCUUCAUGCGACUUCAAAAUGAGGACCGAGGACAAGGGUCGGUUGACCGCCGCACCGAUGCUCGGCAUGGUCUGCGGCUCGUACUUCUGGGGAUGUUUGGCGGACAUCAAAGGUCGGCGAACAGCGCUGCUGGCAGCACUUCUCCUCGACGGAUGUGCCGGUCUUACUUCAGCUUUCGUUCCGAAUUAUUGGGUCUUCGCUUUCCUCAGGUUCCUAAAUGGAUUCGCCAUCACCGGACAGAGUGCCAUGAUAUUUCCAUACCUCGGUGAAUUUCAACCCAAGAGAUUGAGGGAGACUAUUCUCUGCUGGCUGGAGAUGGCUUGGACUGCUGGGAUCAUCAUGCUCCCUUUGCUGGGUUGGCUGAUAAUCCCAAUGACGUUCCGCUACACCUCGGAGAACUUCUCCUUCGCCUCGUGGAACCUCUUCGUCCUGAUCUGCUCGCUGCCGGCUCUCUCGUUCAGCGCGGUGCUCCUUUUCUUUCCAGAAUCACCAAAGUACCUGUUUGAGGACAGUCAGGAUCACCGAGCGAUGCAGAUUCUGGCUCGGAUGUACGCUGAGAACUCGGGAAAGCCGGCCGAAAAUUAUCCCGUGAAGUUCGUCAGGAGCGGCGGCGAUCCUUUGGCAGCUAAAUUGGCGGUAGUUUCAAACGACGGUCUGAUUUCACCGGUGAAAAUAAAGCGCCGUAAGAAGCUGAUAGGGAAAAUGUUGGGCGACAUCGUCAAGCACACGAUGACGAUACUGCGGCCACCGUACCUUACGAUAACGCUUCUCACCUCGACGAUACAGUUUGCAAUGACCGCCGCUUAUUACACCCUGAUGAGCUGGUUUCCGGAACUCUUUCGAAGGUUCGCCGAGUUCGAGAAGGAAAAUCCGGAUAGCUCUGCCGGCAUUUGUUCCCUUUCCGUCGUAAUGCCAGUCGCCAACUCUACCACGCAGGUAGACGUCGUAGAUGAAUUUGGGUGUGAGACCAAACUCCAGGGUUCCGUCUUCCUUUACACAAUUUUUCUGGGUCUGGCCUGCAUUCCCACCAGCGUCUGGCUUCCCUUAUGCAUCGGACGUCUGGGGUACAGAUUUUUUUUGGUCGUCAGCACUGUGUUUCCGGGCGCUGCUGCUGUUGGUCUCUUCUUCGUAACGUCAUCGACACAGAAUCUGAUAGUUUCUUGUAUAUUCGAAGCCUUGACAUCGAUGGGAGUUAGUGUGGUUUACUGUGUGCUGGUCACUUUUUAUCCCACACAUUUGAGGGUAAUCGCGGCGUCCUUUUCUGCACUGUGCGGUCGUUCCGGGGCGCUAAUUGGGAACCUGAUGUUCGGCUACCUGUUGGACCUUCAUUGCAUUGUUCCAAUCGCGGUGGUCGCUGGCCUACUGUUCUUUGGCGCAGCUCUGACCUUCUUUUUGCCAAGGAAAGCUAAACUUGAGAAAACCGAUUCUACGCCUGUGAUGAACUAGAACACGAUGCCAACAUGUUCCGUUAAAACGCUGACCAUCUUCGCGAUUCUCGCCUUGCAAGGAAUCGCAUUUCUGCUCUACGUUGCGACGAAAUUUCCUGGGAUCGGAUGGACGGUGAAUUUUGGUAAAUGGAAAAGCGCGCAAGAAUCAUACCGCGACAUAAUUAAUCAUUCGCAGUAACUGUAAUAUCGCAUUAUACCUACUUUGCGCAAGUGAGCCAUGACGUACCAAUAAUUAUUACCUUCUAUAGAUAAAUAAAUAAACGUAUAGUUAAAACAAAUGCGUGCGUGACUGCUCACGCCGCGUGUCCGUGUGUAUUUUUAUGUCAAAUUACAAUAUCGAUAAAUAUGUAAAAAUAAUUUGCACAUCGUGCGGACGUGUGUAUAUUGUAAUAAAAAUUUACACUCUUCAA